UCACUUAAUUGUUUUGUCAUUUCAAAAAGAAAAAGUCAAGCGCACAUAAUUUAUUUGUUUCAUUUCAAUUCUUGCGUCUUCUGACCUAAAUAAUAAGCAUCACAAAAAUUGUGCAAUACCUAGCAAAAAACUAUAAAAAAAAUGUCUGCGUUAGCGUUUAAAGUGAAAAGUAAAAAUGGUCAACAAGUUUUAAAAGAUUUGACCUCUGAAAGUACUGUGGGUGAAUUAAAAAUGUUUUUAUCGAGUAUAUCAGACGUUAGCGUGGAGAGAGUGUGUGUGCUUUGUGGCUUUCCUCCGAAGGCGUUGGAUAUAAGUAAUGACCAUAAAACGUUGAGUGAGGUUGGGUUGAAAACUGGUGAGACUUUGAUCGUGGAGGAGAAGGCAUCAGCGCCGCAGCCAGCGCCGGCGGCCGUCACGAACCCUGAUCCGAAGCCUGUGGAGAACGGUGUUGCCUCGCACGAGACAAUAGGCCCAUGUCGACCAGGCAUCCUUAUGAAGAAAGUUGUACCAUCUGAUAAUUCUUGUUUGUUUACUAGUAUAGGUUUUGUAUUAAACGGCAAUGUGGACACAUCAGUACACUCACUGAUGAGACAAAUUAUAGCUGUAGAAGUCGCGGGAGACCCAGAAACAUACAACGAAGCCAUGCUCGGCAAACCUAAUUCAGAGUAUUGUAAUUGGAUACAGCAGCCAAGCUCUUGGGGUGGUGCAAUAGAGGUAGCAAUAUUGUCAAGAUUUUAUGGUUUAGAGAUGGAUGUAGUGGAUACCUCAAAUGCAAUCAUAAACAGAUUUGGUGAAGACAAAAACUAUGGACAAAGGGUGUUCCUUUUAUUUGACGGGGUCCAUUAUGACCCUUUGUAUUUGGAGCAGUCUGAUGGUGGUAUACAAACUAUAUUCCCCUCGGAGGACAUGGAGGUUUUCCUCGAGGCUGAACAGUUGGCCCACGAGGCGAAGUCAUCCAGACAGUUCACGGACCUCAAUAAGUUCACGUUAAAAUGUAUGGUGUGCGACAAGUUCCUAACCGGACAAGUGGAGGCGCAGAAACACGCGAAAGAGACUCACCACACGAGUUUCGGGGAAGUUUAGCGAAUAUUUACACCCCAAUUAGGUUCAUUAUUGUAUGUUUUAUUUUUAAAAGUCGUGUCCUUAUGCUCAGUGUUUGGUUCAUCAGUUAUUUAUAAGCUAGUUUGUCAAAGCCGUAAGUAGGAUGUGGUUGUGUCUGAAUAGUUAAUGAAAACUUGUUCCUAAAAUAUACAUCUAAAUAUAGAAAUACUCAUCAAAAUGCAGUAAGAGAUUAUUGAAAUAGGAAUAUAUUCAUUUCUAUAAUUUGUCUAUUAAAAUUAUGAGAUUUCGAUAAAGUAUUUUCACUGCAACCAUAACUAACUACCUACUUAGGGCAUUUUUUUUUAUUAAGGCACGGCAAAAUUGUUUAAUUGAAGGGAUCAUAAAGCGAAUAGAAACUAAGUUGAUUAAGGUGUAAAUAUAAGUUAAGGUCAUGAGAACCAGACUGACAAAGUGUUAUAUCUAGAUUUUGCCAGCUUUUGGAUUCGUAUUUAAUUUUGCCGUCCAUGUCACUUUAGUGUUACAUUAUAAAAUAAUUGUAUAUUGUGUUGACAUAUUUUUCAUUCAACAAAAUUGCGUAAUUAUUUUCUUUUAGUAUUCUUUUAAUUAAACAUCAUCAUUAUCAUCAGCAGUGGACAUCGUGCGGUUGAUGAUGAUUUUUUUAAGUAUUUCUUCAUAUUUAGAAUCACUGUCAGAUAGGUUCUUAUGACCUAAAUUUAUAUGAGCAAUAACAUUUGCUAUAGAAGCUUGCUUAUCUGCUUCACCAUUGUUCAUUAAUAAUUAAGGUCUUUAAGUCGUUGAUCCGAAUCUUGAAAAGUUAACGACACACUCAAAUACUGAUCCUCGUCGACAUGGCGCUCAAAUUUUCCCGUAUAUUUUGCAAAUAUCCACGUAUUGCCUUACUUCUAAAAUCCGAAGGUGCAUUAAUAAUAAAAUAGAAUUCUCAUGCCUUUAUUGUGAAGGGUGUUAAGUGUAGGUCACAUAGACUGCUUUAAUCGGGGCUGGUGUACAGUUACUUACAUAAAUAGCUGAACAAAUUAAAAACUUCAAAUCGCCUGUACCCUUUUCUGUUUACAUUUUUUUUUUCACAAAAAUAAAGUAAGAGCUAUCUACUUUAUGGCUCACUAAUUGAUUUGUAGUUUUAAAUUUGUUUAGAUAUUUAUGCGGCUGACUGUACAAGACUUAUUUUUUUUCACUAGUCGCGACAAAUCAGUCAGUGUGACCCGCGACCAAGAUUAUAUUUGUACUGACUUAAUAUAAAUAGGUAAUGUUAUGGUCAAUUACCAACUAUUACAUUGUUGAUAGUAAUAUUUACAAGUGGACACGACUAGUUUAUUAACUCUAGUUUAAUUUUUUAGGAUUUUUAACGUAUUUUUUUCACGUUCAGGUCAUUUUUCACAUUAUUCAAAGGCUUGUAUGCAGAGUUAGGUCACUGACAAUAUAUUGGAGUGUUGAGAUAUGUUUUUUAUUAAAAAUAUUCUUUAAAUCAAAUUGUUUGAUUUGUUUCGGAAUUUCUUAUAUCCUAGUAUACAAUGAGGCAAGAAGAACCCCAUGACCUAUCAUUAUCAUCAUAUUUAAUUAUUUUAUUUAUUGUUGCUAUGGGCAGCUAGAUUUGAUACAAAAGUAUUUUUUUAGAAAUUGCACUUAGACCACUUUGGUUAGCUGUGCCUAAUUAUAACAGUGCAAUUUUAGACCCUAACUAGUGGGAAAUUGCUAAUAUUUAAACAUUUUUAUUUAUGUUUACAUAUUCGUUUUUUGGUAAUAUUUUUUUUUUGUUUCCUGAUGUUCUGACAAAACCGCCUUGACAUUUUUCGCAAUUAACUAAAUGAAACUACUAAUUAAAGACAAUUUAUACACUCAAAAGAAACGAUAACAUGUCUAGGGAUGGGGUUUUGUCUUAUAUUAUUUUUUUUUAACUUAUCGAUCGGUUUUAUCUUAACUUAUCGAUAAAAUGCAAAAGAGUAUUUUGUUGAUAUUGUGAAAAAUGACCUACUUAUUUAGCAAAAUCACAUUUAUUAACAACUUAACUUUGUUAGUAACGCUUGGUUUGAGUACUAUUUAUUUUGUAUAUUUUUAGGUCCAUGUAAUAUAACUACUAUAAAAAACUAUGUAAACAAGCAUAGAAAAUGCAGAUACAAAUGUUAUAUAUGCCAUGAAUUAUUCUAAGCUAAUAAAAUUGUCACAAAAACUCCUAAAUAAAUGAAUUGGUUUCCAAAAAUGUAUCUUGCUCUCUCGUAUUGCUGUUUUGUUUGGUGUUUAUUGACACAGACAUAUUACAUUUAUAUCUACCGUAUUUCAAUAUUACAAUGUAGACCAUAUGCAAUAUGAUUUUAAGGAAAAAUUUAAGUAUGUGAAAGGACAAACUGAUUGAAACACUAUAAGAAAGCUCAAUGUGAAAUAUUGAAUAUUUGUUUACAGUCUAUAAAUUCUAUUGAAAUACGCUAUGCUGAAUCGUAUAUCAUUUGUUACAUAUAUUAUUUUUUCAUUACCUAAGCGGUCCACGUUGAUAAAUGGAGAAUAAAUACUAGUUAAAUAUUU